CGAACCUCCUGUCAUGCUCUAAGAGGAACACACACUCUAGCCGGACUAAACUGAGGCCAGCCCCACCUCAGAAGGAGGCUGUGCUCUCUCUCUCUCUCUCUCUGAGUGUCUAGUCAGAGAUCAGACCGCAUUCGAUCCAUCUGAUUAUCAACAGCACGUCUGAAACUCAGACUCAGCGACAGUUAGACAGCUACACGAGUCAUGGAGACCAGACUGCCUUCCAGCUAGCUAACUGCUAUAUGAUCGGCGCCCAAAAACAUGCGCCAGACAGGUGUUGUGUAAGAAUACGUUUUCCUGUUUUCGCUGGAGUGACAGUGCUGUCACAUCUGGCCAUCAGCAGCUGAAGAUGCAGACCUUCCUGAGAGGCAGAAGAGUCGGCUACUGGCUCAGCGAGAAGAAGAUGAAGAAACUAAAUUUCUUGGCCUUCGCUGAGAUGUGCAGGAAAAGAGGGAUAGAAGUUGUUCAGCUUGACCUGAGUCAGCCGUUAGAGGAGCAGGGUCCUCUGGAUGUCAUCAUUCACAAGCUCACAGACCUGAUCCUGGAAGCAGACCAGAAUGACUCCCAGUCCCAGCAGCUGCUCCAGCGUGUGCAUAAUUAUAUUGAUGCUCACCCAGAGACUAUCAUUCUGGACCCACUUCCAGCCAUCAGAACUCUGCUAGACCGCUGCAAGUCUUACCUGCUGGUCCAUCGGAUAGAGGACUGCAUGAGAGAUGAGAGGAUCUGUUCUCCUCCGUUUAUGGUGCUGAACAGUUUGUGUGGUCCAGACACACUGCAGCAGAUCCAGCAACAUGGCCUUACAUUCCCUUUCAUUUGCAAAACACGGGUUGCUCACGGAACUAACUCCCAUGAGAUGGCUAUAAUCUUCAGUGCUGAGGACCUAAAGGACGUGAAGCCUCCAUGUGUCAUUCAGAGUUUUAUAAACCACAAUGCCGUGCUAUAUAAAGUGUUUGUGGUGGGGGAGUCAUACACUGUGGUGGAGAGACCAUCUCUCAAGAACUUCCCAUCUGGACCGUCCGACAGAAAAGCGAUUUUCUUCAACAGCCACAAUGUUUCCAAGCCAGAGUCAUCGUCUGACCUCACAUCUAGAGAUAAUGUAGAAGGUGUCUCCCAGCCACCCAAUGAUGUUGUCAUCAGGGAGCUGUGUAAAUCCCUGCGGGAAUCUCUGGGGGUUUCGCUCUUUGGCAUCGAUGUCAUCAUAAACAACCAGACGGGCCAACAUGCAGUCAUUGACAUCAACGCAUUCCCUGGAUAUGAGGGCGUUCCUGAGUUCUUCAAUGACCUUCUCAACCACAUCAUCAGCGUCCUCCAAGACCACUCCUCCAAUGACUCCCCGGCUCCGCCCCCCUCCAGCCAGCUCACAGCUUUAGGUACAGGAGAGCGUAGCUGCGCCCCUUCACAGGAGUGCUGUAGCGUACUGGGCAAGGAACCAGACAGCAGCCCCUGGAUCGUGGAGGGAGACGGUGGUCUGAAGGGGACGCGCCAGAGACUUGGUUGCAACACGGCCAUGUCACCCAACUUCCAACAGCACUGCGUGUCCACGAUAGCCACUAAGGCCACGUCACAAUGACUCCCCCCAUGCGAAAAUUGUGAAAACAAAGUGAAUAAUAUACAAUAACAAUAAUAACCGUUAUACUGAUAAUAUAUCCGUAAUCAGAAAUAAACUAUACUGGGAAUAAUCAUAAUAAUGUUGAUAGUGGGCAUUGGAUUAUUUCUCCUAUGCCUUUUGUAUAUGUAUUUUUGUUCUUUCUCUUAAGUCUUAUUACUCACAGUACUGUAAUGUGAACUUUUGGGAACUCAAUAUUGAUUUGCAGUUUUAUCCUGAUUCACAAUGCAGAAUUAGUGGAUGUUAGUUAGUGAACACACUAGACCAGUUGGGCAUUUUUAGCUGGAAGAAAUUUCUGUUGUGAAGUAUUCUUAUAUUGUGAUGGUAAAAUGCUAAAUUCAUGAAAUUGUUAAGCCAAAAAUGAUCAUUUCAGCUACCCUUACUUAUGUUGUUCCAAACCUGUAUGACUUUUUUUUCCUCAGAAGAAGAAAGUUGUAAAAAAGUACUGAUAGAUUAUUCACAUUCAGUUACAUUUAAUGGGAACUGAGACUCCCAAGCUUCAAAAAGCGUGCAAAAGCACCAUGAAAGUAUCUUAAAAGUAGUCCAUAUUCUAUAUGCUAUAUUUCAAGUGUUCUGAAUCCAUACAAAAACUUUGUGUACAAACAAGCUGAAAUACAACAAGGAACAAGCAUCUUCUCCACCACUGAGCUGUCAACCCCUGUGACCAGAUCAGCCCCAUUCUUGAAUUAAUCUUUCAGGCCAGAUUUGUGAACAAAUCCAGCUCAGAAGAACGAUUCGUUUACGAAUUGGCCAAUGCUACUUUUCUCACGAACGUCAAAGAAGUGCCAAAGAAGAGCUAUGGCGCAUAUCAAGAUUAUCAGUGAAUAAUGACUUAAAUUUUGGUCAUCACAUAAAGCUAUCGUAUGGCUUUAGAAGACUUAAAAUGUAGCACCUGAUGAUUUUGCUUCCUAUUUAUCUUUUUAUCUUUUUUUUUUUUUGUGUGUGUUCCACUGAAGUAAGUCAUAAAGGUUUGGAACUACGUGUGGGUGAAUAGAUUCAUCCAUCCAUCCAUCCAUCGUCAACCGCUUAUCCUGUGUACAGGGUCGCGGGGGGUGAAUAGAUUAUGCCAGAAAUUUCAUUUUUGGCCGAACUAAUAUUUUAAUCAAAAUCUGUCUUUAAUUGACCUUGAACACACACACAAACACACCCAAUAAUCCCACCAUCAGGACACCUACAAUGUGCUAUGUAUGAAGUGGCUAUCCUAUACUGAGAUGAUCCACGGUAUACUGGAUAUCUUUUGCAGCGUCUACAAAUCUACUCUUAACCAAAAGUCAAAUGAAUGGCACAGCUUGCAGUUCUCAUAGACUGAGUGCCACUGUGUUUGAUCUUGUGACACACUGUCAUUUUUUCAUAAUGCUUCAGAAGACUUUCAUCAUAUUGCCAUAUACUGUAUGUGACACCUGACAUUUUGCAUGUGCUUUUUAGUGCAUCAAAUCAUGAAAUGUGAUUGGAACUAUUCAGUCAGUCAUUUUGUAAGCCAUCCCGGAAGUUUAGCCAUGGGUUUUUCGAAAAGUGGUUUUUCGAUUUAUGCAUAAAAUUAGAUCUGGGGAUAAUGUUGUUUGAAGAGACCUUUGUUUUGUUCAUACCUUAAAGCAAGGUUUUUUUUAAUGCUUUAUGAGUAUCAGCUACAUUAGGACUAUGACAUUUGUCGAUCAUAUAAACUUGUUAGUAACAACCAUUAGAAAUGAUUAAAGGAACCCAUGGUUCUAAAAAUGAAUUCCAGUCAAGGGCCAUUUAUGUUUUAUUAGUACUAUAAGAGUCGACUUCACAACAGAGGCUAAUAUUCUGUUAUUCAUCAGUGUCGAGUUUUGUUGGACAGUUGCAAGAGAAUAUUAUGACAUUCCUUGUGUGUGUGCAUACUGUACGUGUGUGUGUUUGUGUAAUGCUUUUUUAGCAGAUAGCAAGUUAUUUUUGUGACUAUUCAGAUGCUUCAGAUUAGUAAAUACCCUUGAAAUGUAUACACAAACUGUGUAAGAUUGAUGUUAAUGUCAGGACGCUUUGUUUCUAAUUGCACAGGACACAUCUAUUCCCCAAAGGGUUAAAUGCUUUGCUAGGUAACCAUUUCUGAAUUAAAAGGAAAAUUUGCAUUGAUUUUACCUAUUUUGUUUAUAAUUGCUAACCUGCUAGAAAAAGACUAAUGAAUACAAAGUAUUUACGUUUUAUGCAGUUAGCUAGACAUGCAAUAAUUGCGUUUGUAUGCAAACAUGACGUGUGUUUCAAAAGAGUGACACAUUGAGCAGUAAUAUGUGCAAAUGAAUGAAAUGUAACUACAUGAUUGUUAAGUACUGCAUCUUUUGAGUCCUUUUCUGGAAAUGCGCUUGCAUGUGUUGUGAUAGAAAACUUAAAAAAAAUGUAUAUCCCCAAGUUUAAGCAUUUCUUUUCAAAAGCCAUAGAUUCUCCUUACUUUUGUGUAAAUUUGAAGAAUGGUUUGUUAUUCAGAUUUUGCCCACUUAGUGCUCAUAAAGUGAUUUGUAUUUAUCCAACACAUGGAGAUGGAUGUUUUUGAUGACCAACUGCAAACAGCUUGUUUUUGUUCACUGUUAGAGGAAUGAAUGUUGACAUAGACGUUUGACAUACAAUGUGGUAAACUAGAGCAGUGUUAAUGUAAUCUGCUCUCAUUCUGUUCAGUUUAAUAUGAAGUGAAUGCAUUUAGUGCCGCCUCCCUCAGCCUAGAGCACCUUAUGUCCAUUGUUCCUUUUUUUUGUUUUUUUAAUGGUAUAUUUUCAAAGGUAUAUCAAACUGUUUUUUUUCUCCCUUUGCUGUGGAAUAUAAAUGAAACCGGCAUUUUUUUAAGCCAUGCUGACAUCCAUUUUUUUUUAUUUAUUUUUCCAGUGUAUAGCCUCCUGCUUGACAUGGGUACCAGUAGAGUUGAAAUAAGUUUAUAUGACUAAUGAGGAGUGUGCUGAGAUUUAAGAUGUGUUCUGUAAAAUCUAAAAGUGCUCCAAGUCUUAGCCCAAUGAAAAGUUAACAUAAAAUUAUCUUCAACACAGAUUUACCUUUUGUUGCCUGU